UUUUGUUUUCCACGGAGUUCUUUCUCUCGUCUCGCUCAAGAAUGUUUGUCGUGGAUGCGAGCAGCAUAGGUGGUGCAGGUGGAGGAUAGCAACGGUUGCUAUAGUCAUACGGCCAAACGAUACACAACCGUCAGGUGUGCGUGUGUCGUGUACCUCGCCCGACGAUCUGCUGUUCGUGAUCUCGAUGCACCAUUUAUCGUUGCAGGCUAUAGACAAAAGUGCAUCUAGUCGUGUAACCGUGCUGGCUGCGUUCUUCUUUUAGGGUGUGAUCAGGUGCAAUUAAAGUGUGCAGUAAACAUUACGGAAAGCUGAAGUUAGCAAUUGCAGCACAAGCUGGCUGCGUGUGUGUUUUAGUGCGGUUUGUUUGAUGCGGGAUGGCAGCAUAAAAGUGUGUCAACAUUGGAUAGUUAAAGAUGCCAUCUACACGAUUAGCGGUCAACCCGUUGCUUUUUUGUCAUCGCUGGCGGACUUUUAUGCUGUUAAGCUUUACACUGCUCACCGUUUUCGGUCACAUAGUAGCCGCAGCAGACAAAGGAGCCUACUUUGGUUGCUAUGAGCGCGAUCGCUUUGCUAGGUUAACGCUGACGACGGAGAAUCGAGAUGAGUGCGUCGACAAUUGUGAGAACAAUUUCUACAGAUAUGCUGUACUGUCCGGCUCGCGAUGUAGCUGCACCAACACAAUCCAAACACGCAUCGUGGAAGAUCGCGAGUGUGACCUGAAGUGUGGCAAACAACCGGACGCAAACUGUGGAGGAGUAAAAGCGCAAGCCGUCUAUGAAACGGGCAUUGAUGUGGCCGGACCGGUCCGUAAUUUGCGCAUUGAGGGAGAUCAGAAAGAAGAUAUCAUAGCAAUCCGUUGGGAUCUACCUGCGGACGAUGGGGUGAUGAUCGAAGAGUUUGAGAUCGUGGCUCAAGUGACGCGCACGUACGCGAGCUUCCGGAUCUAUCCCGUGCGAUGGUCGGUGCACAACGUCUCAACCGGCUUUGAGCUAUCCAACUUGCAACCAGGCACCGAGUACAACAUAACGGUGAUAUCGGUUUCAGCAAAAGGGGCCGGAGGAAUGACUAGCAUUGCGGGCAGCACCGAAAUCGGACGUCCCGAUCCGGAACCCGAAGAGCCCAUUAUUUUGCGCCGGUUCGAAUCCACUAUAUCGAUACAGAUUCCGCGAGCCACGAACAAUAAUGGACCAGUCAAUUACUAUCGCGUGGUGGUGCACUAUGUUAACAGCGAACUGAUCCAACAGAUUGACGAGAGCCAGCUGAACACGUUCCAGCAGUCGAAGGAGAACAAAGUGCCGUACUAUAUCGCGGCCGAAUUGGAGAUGAAGGAUGACCAAUUGUUACAGUUCACUGUGGGCGAUGGGCGCGAAUAUCGCAGCUAUUUCAAUCCACCAAUUACGGCACGUACACACGUCCAUAUAUCAAUCGGUGUUGUAAGCAUCCUGAACCAUGUGGUUAAGGUGCGGUACGCCACGACAACGCAUGAGCAGCAUCAGUACCCAGACCAUCAUCAUGUGAAUUUAAAAACGGUCGAAAUUGAACGUAACGAAACUCUAAUAACGAUAUUGACCACUGCCUGCAUACUGUUCGGGAUCGUUCUCACGGGGGCCAUCAUUCUGUACGUUUAUUUGCACUUCAAAACGCCUGCUGCCAACACAAGGCCAUUUGGUGAUCAUCACGAACUGACACUCCAAGGUCCCAUUCUCGAAGUGGAGAACAACGGCUACAUGCCGGACAUCUAUGAACAGCGUGGCUUUGAGGCAGAACUGCGCGACAUCAUUGAUGGAAUGGAUGCGUCGAAAAACCACGCACGAAAGUAUCUUAGUUUGGAUAUCAAUCGGGUACUGGGCAGUGGAAAGUAUGGGGACAUCCUGCUCGGAUCGUUGCAGCGCCAGGAGCAGGAUAUGCCGGCCCAGGUGCAUGUAAUCACGGACGAUAUGGAGAGCGUCGAUCAGAUAGCGUUUCUGAACGAAUUCCGACGGUUAACGGCACUGGCAGACCAUGCUAACGUGAUCUUGUUUUAUGGUGUUUGCGUUACGCCCGAUUGGUGCUAUCUGCUGUUCGAGCAGAUGCAAACAACACUGAAACAGACGCUAUUGAACGCACGCGUGCCGGUCAAUACGAACAGUGUUAAGUUCUCGACCGUGUCGGAAGAGAUUGUGGUCAACAUUCUCUGUCUGGUGUGCGAUGGAAUGCAAUUUUUGGCAGAUAAUAAUGUUGUGAGUAAAAAGUUAUGUGCCCGCACCGUGUACGUGAAUACCAAAUUCGAGGUAAAGGUGAGCGCCUUCGGACCACCGCUGUGUGCCGAAGAUACAGGCAGCGCUAUAGCGAUUGAGCGCUGGCACGCACCGGAAGUAAUUAAAUUCCAAAACCACUCGACCAAAAGCGACGUCUGGUCGUUCGGAUUGUUGAUAUGGGAGUGUUGCUGUCUCGGUGCCACACCUUACGGCAGUACGACAACGGACAACCUGUUUGCAACGAUACGCGCCGGUCAGAAACCGGAACGCCCGAGCUUUAUGUAUGAGGAUCUGUACCAGUUGUGUCUAAACUGCUGGGAUCUGGAUGCUAGCGAUAGGCCCAGCUUUGACGAUUUGCGACGCUACCUACGGCAGACGCUACCGAUGUUACGGUAUUUGCUGUCGUUUGAGCGUAAACAGAAUGUUCAGCUACCACCGUACUUACCUCACUUGGAAGCAGCAGCAGAAUAAGUAUAGCGAACGGAGAAAGGGAUUCUUUGAACAUUAUUUCCGACAAUGUAACUUAAUUCCGUCCAAGUCGGAACAUGCACGAGCACAUUCCGCAUUACAGCUCUUCUAGCCUUAUUUAAGUAAUAACAAGCUUUGUACGUUUUACUGAUCAUUUUUAUUACAAUAAAUAGAAACUCGUUUUUUUGUAAAAAAAAAACAAUUUACUUCCUCUGCUUAUCCUAGCACAUCCUUUCCAUCCGCAUUAGAUUAUUUGCAUUCAGUUCAAUAUACAACACCUAAAUUGCAUGGAACCGCCAUGCAAUGUAACUUAACACAUUUUUUGUACCCUUUUUAUUGUACUAUUUUCUCAAUCAUUAAGAUCCUGUUCAUUGUAAUCCAAAUUACUGUUGAAGCACGAUCUUUCUAUCGAUUUUUUAAUUGAACGUACGUACUAGAGAAC